AGCAUCGCGGUGUCAGGGAUGGAGCCCUGGAAGCAGUGCGGGCAGUGGCUGAUCAGCUGCAAGGUGCUGCCGCCCAACCACCGGGUGACCUGGGACACGGCCCAGGUCUUCGACCUGGCGCAGACGCUGCGCGACGGCGUCCUGCUCUGCCAGCUCCUCAACAACCUGCGCAGCCACUCCAUCAACCUCAAGGAGAUCAACCUGCGCCCGCAGAUGUCCCAGUUUCUUUGCUUGAAGAAUAUAAGGACUUUUCUUUCGGCAUGUUGUGAAAUAUUUGGGAUGAAGAAAAGUGAACUCUUUGAAGCAUUCGAUUUGUUUGAUGUGAGAGAUUUUGGAAAGGUGAUAGAAACACUUUCAAAACUCUCUCGCACUCCUAUUGCAAUUGGCACAGGAAUCAGGCCCUUCCCUACAGAAGAAAGCAUUGAUGAUGAAGAUGUCUACAAAGGUCUUCCUGAUUUAAUAGAUGAAACUGGUGUUGAUGAAGAUGAGGAGUUGUAUGAUUGCGUCUAUGGAGAAGAUGAAGGUGGGGAGGUUUAUGAAGACUUAAUGAAAAAUGAAGCAGCACAGCAACCUAAAUAUACCGAGAAUGACAUAAGAAGCUGUUGUCUUGCUGAAAUAAAGCAAACUGAAGAGAAAUACACUGAAACUCUGGAAUCAAUAGAGAAAUUUUUCAUGGUGCCAUUGAAAAGAUUUCUGUCAGCAUCAGAGUUUGAUACUGUUUUCAUCAACAUUCCUGAUUUAGUGAAAAUUCACAGGAAUUUGACACAGGACAUAAAUGAUUCCAUUGUUAACAAAAAUGAUCAGAACCUAUAUCAAAUUUUUAUUAACUACAAGGAAAGAUUGGUUAUUUAUGGACAGUACUGCAGUCAAGUGGAGAUAGCGAUAUCAUGCUUAGACAACAUCUCUAAGACAAAAGAAGAUGUUAAAUUGAAGUUGGAGGAAUGUUCCAAAAGGGCCAAUAACGGGAAAUUUACAUUGCGGGAUCUUUUAGUGGUUCCAAUGCAGAGAGUGCUAAAAUACCACCUGCUGCUCCAGGAGCUGGUAAAGCACACUACUGAUCCCAUGGAGAAGGCAAAUCUAAAACUGGCACUUGAUGCGAUGAAGGACUUGGCUCAAUAUGUCAAUGAAGUAAAGAGAGAUAAUGAAACACUCCGUGAAAUUAGACAGUUUCAGCUAUCAAUAGAGAAUUUGAAUCAUUCCCUGUUACAGUAUGGAAGACCUCAAGGUGAUGGGGAAAUAAGGAUAACUACGUUAGACAAACGUGCAAGGCAAGACAGGCAUAUCUUCUUGUUUGAUUUAGCUGUUAUUGUUUGCAAACGAAGAGGUGAUAAUUAUGAAAUGAAGGAAAUAAUAGAUCUUCAGAAAUACAAAAUUACAAAUAACCCCACUACUGAUAAAGAAAAUAAGAAGUGGUCUUAUGGCUUCUACCUCAUUCAUAUCCAAGGUCAAAAUGGUUUAGAAGUUUAUUGCAAAACUAAAGACUUGAAGAAAAAAUGGCUUGAACAAUUUCAGAUGGCUCUGUCAAACAUACGGCCAGACUAUGCAGAUACAAGCUUUCAUGAGUUCAAAAUGCAUACCUUCAGUCGUGUGACAUCUUGCAAAGUCUGUCAGAUGCUUCUGAGGGGAACAUUUUAUCAAGGCUAUUUAUGUUCUAAAUGUGGAGCUGGAGCACACAAAGAAUGUUUAGGAAGAUUAGACAAUUGUGGCAGAGCUAAUUCAGGUGAACACGGGAACCUGAAACAUGAGAAACGAACAAAUGGAAUUAGAAGAAACUCCAGACACGUGGACCCAGGUUUACCAAAAAUGCAAGUAAUUAGAAACUACAAUGGAAUACCACAGCCAGCGACACAAGAUGGUCCACCCUUGCACAUCCAGAUUGGGGAUACUAUUGAACUAAUUAGAGGAGAUGCACAUAGCUUAUUUUGGCAGGGCAGAAAUCUAACAACAGGAGAGCUUGGGUUCUUCCCAAGUGAUGCAGUAAAGCCUAGCCCAUGUGUUCCUAAACCAGUAGACUACUCUUCACAACUGUGGUUUGCAGGAGCAAUGGAAAGACUGCAAGCAGAGAGUGAACUUAUUAACAGAAUAAAUAGUACUUACCUGGUUCGGCACAGGACCAAGGAGUCAGGAGAAUAUGCAAUUAGUAUUAAGUACAAUAAUGAAGUGAAACACAUCAAGAUUGUAACAAGAGAUGGCUUUUUUCACAUUGCAGAAAACAGAAAAUUUAAGAAUUUAGUGGAACUCGUAGAAUACUAUAAGCACCACUCUCUCAAAGAAGGCUUCCGAAGUUUGGAUACUACUCUUCAAUUUCCAUACAAAGAAGCUGAAAACUCAGUGGGACAAAGAAGUAACAGAACAGGUGGCAACUCCCCUUCUUUGUUCUGUGGGUUUUCUUUUGUAACUCCUCCAGACUACAGCUUUGUUCCCCCUUCCUCCACUCCUUUCUGGUCAGUGCUAAGCCCAAAGGUGAUAGGCAUUGCCAUAGCCAGGUAUGACUUCUGUGCAAGAGACAUGAGGGAACUGUCCUUGUUGAAAGGCGAUGUUGUGAAAAUUUAUACAAAGAUGAGUGCGAAUGGCUGGUGGAGAGGUGAAGUAAAUGGAAGGGUGGGCUGGUUUCCAUCAACUUACGUUGAAGAGGAUGAAUGAAUUAUAAACUUUCCUCCGCUGACCAUCACUUUCAGGGAUUUAAAAAUGUAAUAUCUUCCAAGUGUUAUUGGUCUUGUUAAGUAUUUAAACAGCAGCAUUUUUGUCUUCUCUGAACCUUCCAGUCUUUAUGUUGGGAUUUACACAGAAGGUUGUUCUGACAGUUUAUUACCUUGCCCAGAGCUGUGCAAGAAAUGACCUGCCAGCAUGCCAUCACUGGGGAUCAGUACUAAGUCCAACCCUCACCUUCCCAGAUGAUGUCUGGAAAGCAAAUUUCUUUAUGCUCCUUUUCAUUUCACCCUGUACUACACCAUGAAUACGAGCUAUGGCUGAAUAUUUAACAAGUCUGUUUCUUCUAGCUAACAUCUGGGAUGCUAAAAGGAGAUGAAGACUUAUUAUUCCUUAUCACUGCAUGCAGCAAAGAGAUUUCAGUCAUUCCAGUGGGCAUAAAGUAUAGUCAGUAGACUUGUCUUGAAACAUCAAACUACUUAUCACCUUACAAAGUUUUACUCACAAAAACAUUCUGAAAGAAAAAUGAAUGUAGUAAACAUGAGUAGCAUUAAUACAUGUAUAACUAGUUAACUGACUACUUUUAGGUCCUGCCUAAGUCUUCUAAAAUUUGUUUAAAGACAAAGUUUUAAAAUGUUGUAAUGAUGUGGUGUUGCUUGAAAAAGCAUUCCCUAAGUGGAAUUGUGGGAUCCUUUGUCAGCCCAAGUCUUUUUUUUUAUUUAUUUUUUAUUUUUUAUUUUUGUGUGUGUGUUUUUUCAUGUAGGUAGCUGACCAUAGAAGUGCAACAGAGGAUAGUCAUGACAGGAUGAGUUUUAAAAUUUUCAGCAUUAACAUAAAAUGCAAGAUGAUGUCACUUCUCAAGAGCAGAACUGUUUAUCUUAACCUCUUGGUUGGUUCUGAUUAACUUUGAUGCUUCCAAUUCUAAGCUGUCUUUUCUUUGUUAGACAGGAGUUUCUAUCACCUUUUGUACCCUUACGAGGUAAUGCAAAGGGAACUUUCAGAUUUCCUUGUGCUCUUUUCCUCUCUUGUUACUUGGGAUGUUAAUGGCAGCCCCAUGAGUGAGUUACAAACGUUCCCAAGGUAAUGUAUCUCUAGGUUAGCUAGCUUGAAACAUCAGGCCUUGUAAAGUGGUGUCCACCCCUGGGUGAGGCUGUGUUUUAAUAAAUGUAUGGAGGGUCAGAAGUGCUGUAGUUAAAAGCUUAAAAUAAAUGUGGAUGAUGUCUUCAGAUGUGCAGUUUCAUAUAGACAGAUUAUGUCUAACCUGGCUUGAAAACUUCUAAGAAAAGAAAGCUCUUAAAUGCGUCUUCUUUCUAGGUUACUAUUGACCAAUCAAGAAAGUUAGUUCAUCCUGUCCCCUAUCCUCUCUUUUGCUUUUUCCUGUCCUCUUUUCAAAUAGUCAUCUUGCAACGAGUAUGUGAAGACACUGCAUGAUUUAACAGCACAGUUUUUCCUACUGAAUAUUCAACAUAAUAUGCACUGUUUGUCCAGAUGCAGGAUCUGCUAGUACAUAUUUCAGAUUCUUUUUGACUGUCUCCAGUGUUCUUUGUUUUGGUUUUUUUUUUUGGCCUCCUUCUGGCCAUCAGGAAGAACUAAGCACAGCUCAGAGGACUGACAAUAAUCCUCUUCAUCUCUGCAACCAUUUUACCCAUCUGCUACACCUAGCAUACACUGCUGUGUGACCAGGUGAAAGGAACUUCUAAUUAGAAAUCCUCUACUUUUGAGACUUGGCCUUGCAGGGAAACUCUGCUGAUGCUCAAGAAUUUACCUCAAAAUUAUGUAAACUGUGAUUAUGUUGAGUACAUUACUUAAUGGAGCAAUGGAGAACAUUUGUAAAUAUGUAGAUUAUGCAUAAAACAUUUUGUAAAUGAUGUGUACAGCUGUGUGGACUAGGGUAUACAGUCUUUGAUCAUGUUUUGCCACAUGAUUUUAUUGUCUAUUGUGAGCUUGAUCCUGUGUUCCUUAAGUAAACAAAGUUGGUUCUUUUAACAGUUUUGCCUGAUCAAGGGUAGAGAAAUAGGCCUGUGAAGUGUUCAGUGCUUUGCUGUCAUAUAGUUCUGAGAAGAGGCAUUUUAAUUUGAGUUGAGAAAUACAUUAUUUUUUUCAACAGUUUGGUUUUAGACUAAUUUUGAAAAGUCUCUCCAUCCUAACGUUGCUGUUAAGCUUUUAAGCAAUUCCUGAAUCCAGUAAUGAGCCUUUGGGAAGAAUGAAAGCCAUAGAUAAACUUUAUUUUGUGGCAUAAAUUUACAUAUCAUUGUCUGUGUUUAAUGCCCUGUAUUGAUUGAGUUAAUGCUGCAUCUUAAACUGUGUUUAGAGUACCAAAGACUUCCUAAAUAUUCUGGAGUGUCUCUUUCAUGUGCUGCUUUUGCCUGUAUAGAGGUUUUGUUGUCAUGCAAUAAUGGAGUUACAGUACUUUAAUUUGUACUAUUUUGUAAAUAUGUUACAUAUAAUAAACUGGUUAAUUUUUUGUUUAA